CGUGAAUGUUCUUGAGAUUGUUUUACUCGGAUCUUAAUUUUAAUCAUACGAACACUGCUUUAGAUUACAGUCUGAGCAUGCAGUCAAUCGUCUGUUUGCCUUGUUCAACCAGAUCGAUAGAUUGUGGUUAGUUGCUCCUACUGUUUCUGAUCACUUUCUGCAGUUUGUGAUGUAAUGUUUCAGGGUCACAGCUCAUAAAUACGCGUCCUUGGUGUAGCUAGCAAUAAUCAAUGGUCAUGGCGAAGCAGCAUGAGAAGGGCUCACCGAAGCGGGCUCCCAAUGAGCCUGCUCCCCAAAGCGCCGUCGCCGAACGGCCAAGCCCGCCGGCGCCUUUCCGACUUGAGCUCUGUGGCCAUUGCAACGACCGCCGCCGUCAGGACGACGGGUCGAACGGCGCUGGACCGUUGCUCCUGACUCUCGGCCCUUUCGGCUCGGCCACCGACGGCAGCUGCUCGUGCGCUGUCGCGCCGGCGCCGGCGCCGGCCACGAUGGCCGUCCUGCGCGGGUCCCGGUACCUGAGGCCGGCGCAGGAGCUGCUGGGCGAGGUGGUGCGCAUGGCCGACCUGGCGGCCGGCGCGGGCGACGAAGAGGCUGCCGCGGAGAAGCAGGAGCGGCUCGACGCCGGCGGUCGCCGCGCGGCGCGUCUUGCGGACAAGAACGACGGCGACGGGAUCCAGGCCAAGCUCCUAGGCCUGCUCAGCGAGAAGAAGAAAAAAUCCAUGGCAAAUCGCUUGCAGCUGGAGAGCCGGGAGGAGCGCUACUUCGGCGAGCUGGGGCGCGUGGCGUCGUCGUUCGAGCCGGCGCUAGGGGACGGCGCGGCAUCCGCCUACACGUCCCUGAUGGCGCAGGCCAUGGCGCGGCACUUCGGCAACCUGCGCCGCGCCAUCCUGCGGAGGCUGAGGCUCCACGCCGCCGCCGCGGCGAAGCGGACGCUUCGGGCCGGCGAGGAGGGGGAGCGCGGCGACGGCGGCGACGACGACGACGACGACGAGGAGGUGACCGAGGAGAUGGUGGAGAUGGUGGCCCGGCGGACGAAGCUGGCCGCGGCGGCGCGGGCGGAGCAGGCGUGGCGGCCGCUCCGGGGCCUGCCGGAGGGCUCCGUGGCCGUGCUCCGGGCGUGGCUCUUCGACCACUUCCUCCACCCGUACCCCGACGACGGCGAGAAGCUGAAGCUGGCGGUGACCACCGGUCUGAGCAGAAGCCAGAUAUCGAACUGGUUCAUCAACGCGCGCGUGCGCCUGUGGAAGCCGAUGGUCGAGGAGAUGUACAAGGACGAAUUCUCCGAGGGUUCCGCCGUUUCCAGGGACGACGACACCAGCGCCAGCGGCGCCUCCUCGUCGUCGUGAUCGACGGCUAUUACUAAUUCUGAAGAGCUUCUUGCUAUUGGAGUCAGAAUGGAGAUUGUCACCCGGCUGUUGGUUGGGUAUUACGGAAUGAUAUUUUAUUUAUAUCUUUCUUCUAAGAAACCACACGCAACAAAGGUUUAGACUGAUGAACGGCGACUAAGAGAGGAGGAGGCGCUCAUGUUUGUGCUGUUUGAUUCAUGGGUUGUUCGUGUUCUUGUUGGUUAGGGUCGUCAGAGAAGCCAGGUGGCUUGUGUCUUUUAUCAGAGCGAGCACACUCGCAUAACUGAAAGUGCUCGUUUUUCUGGUUCCAUCGGGCCAAUUCAACAA